AUGGAGGAACCGGUAUGGGUAGCUCAGUGGCCUCUAUCCUCCGAAAAGCUUUUAGCCGCUCAUAAACUGGUAGAAGAACAAGUAGCCCUGGGCCAUGUGAGACCCUCAGUUUCACCAUGGAAUACUCCAAUAUUUGUGAUAAAAAAGAAGUCGGGUAAAUGGCGAUUACUUUAUGAUUUGCGUGCCAUAAAUGCACAAAUGCAAAUUAUGGGCCCUGUACAAAGAGGGUUACCUUUGCUUUCCACACUCCCUGCCCAUUGGCCUAUUAUGGUAAUAGAUAUAAAAGAUUGUUUCUUUUCUAUCCCCUUGCAUUCUGCUGAUUGUGAGCAUUUUGCCUUUACUGUGCCCUCCUGUAACCAUGAAGAACCUGACCAAAGAUAUGAGUGGGUCGUGCUGCCUCAGGGUAUGGCCAACAGCCCCACUAUGUGUCAACUGUUUGUCGGUAGGGCUAUAGCUCCUGUUAAAAAAGGGCAUCCAAAACUCAGGGUGGUCCAUUAUAUGGAUGACAUUUUGAUAGCUCAUAAGGAAGAAGCUGGGUUACAAAAGGCCUAUGCAGAAUUGGUUUUUGCCUUAAGGGAACAGGGUCUUUAUCCAGCGCCAGAAAAAAUACAAACAGGCAGAGUGGUGGAGUAUCUGGGAGCUAAGAUACAUCCCAGGUCGAUCAUGCCCCAAAAAUUGACCCUGAGAAAAGAUAACUUAAAGACUUUAAAUGAUUUUCAAAAAUUGUUGGGGGAUAUUAAUUGGAUAAAGGGGUAUUUGAAAUUGCCAAAUUAUGAAUUAAGACCCUUAUUUGAUAUGUUAAAAGGAGAUUUAAACUCCCCACGAGACCUGACUGAGAGUGCCCGAUUUGCUCUCAAAAGGGUGGAGGAGGCCUUAAGUGCCACCUGUUUAAACAGGCUACAAGAUGGCCAACCCUUUGAUUUAUGCAUUCUUCCCACUGAGACCCAACCAACUGGCGUACUUUGGCAAGAGGGGCCGUUGAUGUGGUUACACUCUCAUGUUUCCCCCGGAAAGGCGCUGGAAUAUUACCCUGAGGCGGUAGCGGGCUUAGCUCUGCAAGGAGUUCAACAGAGUUUACAGUUUUUUGGAGUUUAUCCGCACUCCAUCAUUGUUCCCUACAAUGCCUACCAAGUUCAGACUUUAUGUGCCACUAUUAAUAAUUGGUCCAUUUUGAGAUGCAUGUUUCCAGGAGAUAUUGAUAAUCAUUUGCCCAAAGACCCCCUGUUGAGAUUUGUAAAGGAACAUCCAGUGAUUUUUCCAAAGGUAACUGCCCAAAAGCCUAUUGGAGGGGCUAUAAAUAUUUUUACGGAUGGUUCCAAAACGGGAUGCGGGGUAUACGUCGCAGGUAACCAAGACCCCGUGCAGCAUCAAUUUGUCCCUGGUAACCCACAGAUUGUUGAGUUGAUGAUUGUAAUUGAGGUAUUUAAAGCUUUCCCCUGUCCCUUUAAUUUAAUAUCAGAUUCAGCCUAUGUAAUAAAUGCUUUAAAGAUAUUGGAAGCGGUUGGUACAAUAAAGGCUACCAGUUCUGUUCUAGCUCCCUUUACCUUACUACAAUCCCUUAUUUGGCAACGCAAGGAACCCUUUUUUCCAAUGCAUAUUCGAGCAUAUACAGGCCUCCCAGGACCACUGACAAAGGGUAAUGCCCUGGCUGAUGCACACACUCGUGCUGAGUGGGUGCUCCAUGCUUCUUCUGUUGAUUUAGCAAAAGAUUUUCAUGCCAAAUUUCAUGUAAACGCCAGGACUUUACAAAGCCGCUUUUCCCUUUCUAGAGCGGAUGCACAUCAAGUGGUAAAGGAGUGUCCCCGAUGUAUUAUUUACCAUAAGCCCCCUACGUUUGGAGUUAAUCCACGUGGUUUAAGACCCUUACAAGUAUGGCAAAUGGAUGUAACUCAUGUACCAGAAUUUGGCCGCUUAAAAUAUCUACAUGUUUCUGUUGACACCUUUUCGGGUGUUAUACUUGCCACCCCCCUGUCAGGGGAAAAGGCUACUGAUGUAAUAUCUCACUGCUUGGGAGCGUGGGUGGCCUGGGGAAUGCCAAAACAGCUAAAAACUGAUAAUGGUCCGGCCUAUACUGGGUAG